AUGUCGAUGCCCAACCAGGCCGCAAUAAUCGCAGCGGCAGAGCAGAAACUUGGAGAGGCUCUUUUGCCGCGAUUGGUGCAAAGCCUUUGGCAGUUGCCCUGUGGCUUUGUGGAUGCAGGACUCAAGGUGCUCGCUGCGAAACCAGCAGGACCAAAGGAUACUGCUGGCUUUGUCCCUGCAACUACUGGGGACUCGUUGCUGCAGCUGUGCUGCACAGCCUGCCAACAAAAAGCUUUGUGGACUUUCCUGGAAGCAAUCAAUGGCAUGGCAAACUCUUCCUGCCAGCGAGUAUUGUCGUUGACUGGGCGACGUGGACGGGGCAAGUCCUCAGUAGCCGCGCUGGGUAUGGUGGCUUUGCUCCAACGAAGGAUAUCUGUGGUGGUCACCGGGCCGGGAUCCAACAGUAUUCAAGGCAUGUUCCGCUUUGCUGCCGAUGUCUUGAAGGAGGCCCAGCCAGAACAUGUCCAACUCCGAAGCCUGAUGUCGGGAAGAGCGCGUUUCCUCGAAGCGGAGACAGUGCCAGGAUAUGUGACUGCCUUGUCCUGCGUUGAUGAUGCACCGGUGCUCAUUGUCGACGAGAUGGCAUCGUUAGCAAUUCCUACCCUGCACCAGCUGCUCUCAUCUCGGGCUCCCUUGGUGUUGUUGCUCGGCACUUUAUCAGGGGCAGAAGGCACUGGCGCAGCUGUACAGGAAAAGGUCUUCAAAGAGCUCGGGGCUGAUUCUGCAGAGGCCUGUCACCAUGCCACUUUGCCACCGGGAGUUUCAAAACGACAGUUCGUGAAGCUUUCCCUCCAAGAAGCAGUUCGGUACAAACCUGGGGAUCCUGUGGAGAGCUGGUUGGAUUCUUUGCUUUUCCUUGACAUGCCUUCGCCUCCCACAGAUCCCAAAGCUUACGGCACUGUGGGAGCGGCGCGCCUCAUGGAAAUAGACACAGGCUCCAGCAAUCCACUUCUGGCUUCUGUAAUGGGCCUGUUGCGGGGCCAUUACAGAACUUCACCAAAUGACCUGGCACGCCUUGUCAGCGAUGCUCAUAUUAGGACCUUUGCUUUGGUGGCCAAUGGUGGUCAAGGACCCCCUGCUGUAGCCGUGGUUGCCAUUGAAGAGACGCCUGAGCGGCUUGGGAAAGGCACUGCCAAGGUCCACCAGACUCACUUGCUGGCACAUGGUGUAGAAAAGGAGUAUCCCCAUUUAGCUCUCGCACGGCUUUCGGGCCUGCGACCGUGGCGUGUAGUAGCAGCACCUGCACUUCGUGGAAGAGGAUUUGGGCAGAAGGCUUUGGAGCUGUUGGAGGCACAUGCCAGGGAUGCCUUUACAACAGGGUGUUCAGCGGCAAGAUUUGACUGGCUAGGGGUUUCCUUCGGCCUCACUGCGCAGCUUUUCCGCUUCUGGUCUCGUGCGGGCUACCGUCCGGUCGUCAUGUCAAACACACCAAAUGACCAGACGGGUGAGAUGUCUAUCAAGAUGCUUCUUCCGAUCAGUGCAGCUUUGCAACGGGCAUUGCCAGCGAUUAUGCCACUGUUUGGCACGUCCUUCUACCGAAGGCUGCCAACUUGCUUCCGUCAUUUGGAUCCAAUGCUGGUGGUGGAGAUCUUGGCGCUGUGCCCAGCGGCAAAUUCAGGCACCUGGCAAGCCUCAUCUUUGGAAGCUUCCAAAUUGGAAAAGUUGGCAACAGCCCGCAAGCCAGUUGAAGAAGUUGCACGAAAUUACGAUGUGUUUGCUUGCUUGGCCUCAGCAUAUUUCUUUGGAUGCCUGGCUGGCUUGCGCUUUUCAAAGACAGAAGAAGCUGCCUUGUGUGCCAUUGGCGGGCAGAUGCUGAGUCUCGCAGAGGCUGCAGAACGGUUGGGCCGUGGUGCCCAGCCUGGGGACCGGCAGAAUGAUGUGGCGGCACGUCUGCGGACUGUUGCCAAGGAGAUCUCUUUGCACAUAGGUGCCUUGGACGUUGAGUGCUUGCUCACUAUCGCCCCGCGUGAGCAGGUGCUGCUGGAGCGAAGCCAAGCGCAUUGUGUGGCACAGUUGUGGCUUCCACCCCUUCUGGAGCUGCGCGGCGAGGUACACAUCCACUUACCAAAACCAUAUGACACCGAUUUUGACCAUGACCUUGCAGAAUUGGCGAACUAUGCAAUCCAUGACCUGCACGUGCAAGAACCGCACUUCAGCAUGUUGGUGAGUGGCGUGAAGCGCUUUGAGGUGCGCAUGGCCAAGAGACGCUUCAAUUGCAUUGAAGCGAGGAGCUAUUUCCGGCUUCAGCGUGCUUCGCCCCCACAAACAGCCAUGUUGAAAAUUUUGCGGGUAAGCCACUAUGGCUCGGUGGAAGAAGCUUUGACGAUUGAAGGCGUAGACAAAAUACUGCCAGGGACCACAACGUUGGCAGCAGGUCUCAGCACGUUUCAGCAGCUUUAUGGUGCUUCAGACAUGAGCCAAGGUGUUGUAGUUUUCGAGCUUGAGCCAACAGAGAAGGGUGCUCAGGCUCGGCGAGCAACCACGCUGCCCAUUUUGCACAGCACUGCAUCAGUGUCUACGAAGCAGAAGGUGCAGGAACAGCUGCGAGUUCAAGCUGAAUGGCGCUACCCUACCAGCGCCAAGGGAUGUGGGGAACUGAAACUUGAAGCGCGGUGGGACACAUUCCUCGGUGAGGUGAGACCAAGUUGGUGCUUGGAAGCCACCGCCUUUUGUGUUUUGGGUGAGCAGACUUGCUCUUUGCCUUUUGACGAGGAAUUGGAAUUUGUUUUAGACCUGGGAGAUGCAAAACCUCGCUGGAGCCAAGUGAAGGUUUGCUUCACUGUUUGGGAUGAAGUGGUGCUUCGCACCGCCCGAAACGCGUUCUUUGGUCAAACAUGGCUUCCUUCCCUCACAGAGCUUGGAGGGUAA